AUGGCGCCGCUACUUAUAAAGGGCCUCGGCGCCCUCAUUGCCGUUACCGCUUUAACUAGCGGUGCUGCAGCAGCAGCAGUAGGAAGCAGCAACAACCAGCUAGCUGGCUCAAAUAGACCUUUCGGUUUAAGGGGGUCUCUCCUCGGUGGAGGAGGGAGCGGCGGUGCUGGAAACAUCGGCAGCAGCAGCAGCAACGUUAUAGGCGACGAAGAAGUUGUUGUUACAGAUACAGUGCUUGAUGAACCAGCAACCAUCGAGCUUGCUGCUGUAGCUUUAUCCAGCAUAAAUACUUUCUGGCUGUCUCUUUCCCCAGCAGCACGUGAUGAACUCCUAAAUGAAGUAAGCAACAGCAGCAGAGGGGACAACAUAACCGUUGACGAAACAAUCGAAGAAAACAGACCUCCAAGCCCCGUCCCUAUUGAAGACAGCAGCAUCAGCAGCAGCAGCGGCAGCAGCAGCAGCGGCAGCAGCAGCAGCAGCAACAGACUUCCAGUACGCCAAUUCCUCGGGCUUCUCGGAGGAAACCGCAACCGCAGAUUGAGGGAAGAUGCAGCAUUGCUGAGAUUGCUGCAGCGCUUAGACGACAGCAACAGCAGCAACAUCAACAUCAUCAGCAUCAGCAGCACCAGCACCGUCAGCCCUCUAGCUGAAGCGGGGCUUGGAGGCAUCAGCAGCACUAUUCCUGCUUCUCUGCCUGAAUCCUUCUCUACUAUUGCUGCAGAGGCUCUGCUAUCCACACUCCCUGCAGCAGAAGGCGAGAUCAGCAGCAGCAGCAGCAUCAGCAGCAGCAGCACGGGAGAGGCAUUUGAAGAAGAUAUAGCUUCUUCUCCCGGGGUGGUGGCUAUUGCUCUCGUUGAAGACGAAAGCAGCAUCGACAGCAGCGGCAGCAGCAACGAGGAGAGCGCCCUCGACAAACUGCAGCAGCAACUAGGAAAUAUCGAUAUAAGCGAAGAAGAAGUUAUCUUAGCCUUCCGCGCAUUCGUAAGAAGAUAUAAAAACUAUUUAAUGCAGUUUGAGGACCAGCUGCAAGAAUAUGUAGACAGCGGAGCACUGGAGCAGCAGCUGCAGCAGCUGAGGGAAGCAGUCAGGCAAUACGAAGAGAAGCAUGGCCUAGACAGCAGCAGCAGCAGCAGCAGCAGCAGCAGCAGCAGCAGCAGCGAGGAAGUAGCAGUAGAUGAAGGAGAACAAGAACAUGAUGAUGAUGAUGAUGAAGAUGAUGAAGAUGAAGAUGAAGAUGAAGAUGAAGAAGAAAUCAACGGACAGGGCGUUGAAGAGGAAGGCAGCAGCAGCAGCAGCUCUACCUCCACAGCAGCACCGGAAGAGCAUCUCAGCAGCAGCACUCUAGAAGCAGAAAUCAUCAGCAGCAGCAGCACUCUAGAAGCAGAAAUCAUCAGCAGCAGCAGCACUGUAGCAGCGGAGCACCUCGAGAGCAGCAGCAGCAGCACUGCAGCAGCAGAGCACCUCGAGAGCAGCAGCAGCAGCACUGCAGCAGCCGAGCACCUCGAGAGCAGCAGCAGCAGCACCGCAGCAGCUCGCCGUGUCCUUGUCGAAGAGGAAGCAGAGGAAUGGAGCAGCAGCAGCACAACCACUGCAGCACCAGAAGCAUUUUCUUCUGCUGCAGGCUUCCUGGGCAGCACCAGCACUGUAGCAGCCGAAGCCCUCAGCAGCAGCAGCACUGCAGCAGCAGAGCAUCUCGACAGCAGCAGCAGCACUGCAGUAGCAGAGCACCUCGACAGCAGCAGCAGCACUGCAGUAGCAGAGCACCUCGACAGCAGCAGCAGCACUGCAGCAGCAGAGCACCUCGACAGCAGCAGCAGCACUGCAGCAGCAGAGCACCUCGACAGCAGCAGCAGCACUGCAGCAGCAGAGGAGCUCAGCAGCAGCAGCAGCACUGCAGCAGCAGAGGAGCAUCUCAGCAGCAGCAGCACCCUCUCUGCCUAA